AUAUCCUGGGGGAGAGUGGAACUGAGAGAAAUAAUUCAAGAAGGCUUAAUGAAGGAAUGGCAGAGAGGGUGGGAAAAGAAAGCAGGGGUAGACACUAUUUCUCUUUACAAUCUCAAGUAAAAAAAAGAUGUACCUGCACUUUUCAGUCCCGUAGGGACUCAGUUAAACUGCGUAGAUUGAGGCUGGGUCACUGUGGGCUAAAUCAUUUUUUAUUUAUUGUAGGAAAACAUGUUUCUGGUAUAUGUGAAUGUGGGAGUUCUGAGACAGUAAAACAUGUUCUUCUGGAGUGUAGAAAGUAUAGGACAGAAAGACAUGCACUAUUUGGUAGACUUUUGGUCUUGGGACUUGGAGGUCAGGCUUUUUCAGUUUUUUCCUUGUUUGGGCACUGUGAUAACCAUAAACAGAUCUCUAGGGCAGUUUUGCAGUUCCUGCAUAGUACAGGACUAUAUGUAAAAAUGUAGUUAGUCAUCGGACCUGUGGAGGGCAGUAAUACGCUGGACAGCGUCCAACUGCCGGUAACUGAAGAAGAAGAAGAAGAGGCCGCGUAGUGCGCAUUAAUGCAGUCCACUCAUGUGCCGUGGGGGCGGAGCCAGGUGUUAGCGGAGGAGCCAGGUGGAGGAGGGGAGAGGACGUCAUAUUGAGGAAGCGUAACCUAAGGUGCACGGAAACCGAAGCCACCCGACGUGGAAGCAGUUCCAUUUUUCAGGAGAAAAAUAACACGCAUUAAAUAGUCUGACAGACACAACAACAAGGAAUGGCCUCUGCUAACGCUUCCUGGUCUGUGGAGAACUUUUCUUGUUCCAUCUGUCUGGAUGUGUUCAGCAGUCCAGUUUCCACACCAUGUGGACACAACUUCUGCAGAACCUGUAUUAAUAAGUUCUGGGAUGGACAAGUCUGGUACAAAUGUCCUGUUUGCAACAAGGUUUUCGACACUAGACCUGAUCCACAGGUCAAUAUCCUUGUAUCAGAGCUGGCUGCUCAGUUUAGAACGACCGUACAAGUAAAAGAGCAGCCUUGUGUUGAAUCAUCAGAAGUUCCCUGUGACGUCUGUACUGGGAUCCAGCUGAAGGCUGUGAAGUCCUGCCUAGUGUGUCUUAUCUCUUACUGCCAAACCCACCUGGAACCGCAUCAGAGAGUCACAGGCCUGAAGAAACAUCGGCUGGUCGAGCCAAUGGACCGUCUGGAAGACAGGAUGUGUAAGAAACACGACAGACUUCUGGAGCUCUUCUGCCAGACUGAAGAGGUGUGUGUGUGUCAGUCCUGCACAGAGGGUGACCACAGGUCCCAUCCUGUUGUACCUCUAAAGGAGGAAUAUGAAGUGAAGAUGGCCCAGCUGGGGAAGAUGGAGGCUGAAGUUUCGCAGAUGAUCCAGGAGAGAAAAGUAAAGAUUAAGGAGAUCAGAGACACGGUAGAACGUAGCAAAGCAGAUGCAGACAGAGAGAUAGCCGAUGGUGUGCAGGUCCUCACUGCUCUGAUGCGCUGCAUUGAAAAGUGCCAGGAUGAUCUCAACCAAAUGGUUGAAGAGAGACUGAAAUCCACAGAGAAACAAGCCGAAGACCUCAUCAAAGAGCUGGAGCAGGAAAUAGAAGAUCUGACCAAUAGAAGCUCAGAGGUGACGCAGCUCUCGCACACUAAAGACCUUCUCCACUUCCUCCAGGCCUUCAGAUCCCUGCAGGACCCUCCACCCACCAGGGACUGGACGACGGUGGAGGUCCGUCCUCCGUCAUACGUAGCGACCUUGAGGAGAUCCCUGGAUCAGCUCGAGGAGACACUGAACAUGGAGAUGAAGAAGCUACGUGAUGAUGUUGAACUGAAGAGGGUCCAGCAGUAUGAAGUAGAUGUGACUCUGGAUCCUGAUACAGCUCAUCCCAGGCUCAUCCUGUCUGAGGAUGGGAAACAAGUCCAUGAUAGAGGUGUAGCGAAGGAACUCCCAGACAACCCUAAGAGAUUUACAUAUUAUGCAUGUGUUCUUACGAGGCAGAGCUUCUCCUCAGGGAGAUUUUACUUUGAGGUCCAGGUUAAAGACAAGACUGCAUGUUAUUUAGGAGUGGUCAGAGAGUCCAUCAACAGAAAAGGUUGGACCGGGUGGACCCCUAAGACGGGCCACUGGACUCUCUACUACGACAAGGAUGGGUUGGUAUUUAAUGGUAACCUUGCUGUCCGUGUCCCUCUGAGAGCUGAGCUCCAGAAGGUGGGGGUGUUUGUUGAUUAUGAUGAGGGUCUGGUCUCCUUCUAUGAUGUGGAAGCCAGGGUUCAUCUCUACUCUGCUACCGACUGCAGCUUUAGAGAGCCUCUCUAUCCAUUCCUCUGUCCGUAUGGAGGACAAAACUCUCCCCCCCUGAUCAUCUCACCUGUCAAUCAAACAGACUAGGACAUUUGUUUGAGGAUGAAUAAUCAAACAACCAAAAUAAGUAAUGUUGUUUCCUGAAUGGGAAUCUCUACCAUGGGAGAUCUGAGAAAAUUGCAUUCAUAUUCACCUUCAUUUAAAUACAACAAAAUGUAUUAAGCAACUUACACUGUGUACUAUAACAAGUAUAAAUCAUUAUAACUGGUUGGACUACUCUUAAAUGUUCAAGAUCUUUUUUUCUUAAUGUUUUUUAAUUAAAAUUAGGUUAGUUGAAAGUAUGAAAUGUUGGUUUUAUUAUUAUUUUGAUCACAUUAUCGAUCAAAUAAAUGUACGGUUUUGUUGUUUUAAAUCAUGUCUGUUAACUCAAUACAAUGUUUGUACACUUCAGAUUUGAAUAAAAAUUCACCAAAAGUACAAUGGGGUCUUUUUCUGUGGAAUAGGUAAAUUCUCAGUAUAACACGUUUUCAGUAGAUAUAUUAUCAGUGAGGUAAAACAAAAACAUCUGUGUUGCCUUAAAACCCAUUGACAAACGAUGGGAUUUAA